CAAAAUGGAUUUGCUGCAACAACAAAUCAUUGGGCUAUGCUGUGCUCACCCUGAAGGCUUCCCUUUAUCUCAGUUAUCCAGCCUCUACCUGCAGAUGUACAAAACACCACUGGAGUUGUCAAAUUAUGGGUUUCACUCCAUAUCAAGUCUUCUGGAGCACAUGAAGGAUGUAGUUAAAUUGGAUUGUGAUGGACAAAGGGUCAUUGUUAAUCCAGCAAGUGGGAAAGGAACAGCUGAGUGCAGCUGUCUGUCUAGCAGCAUGUUAGAAAAGUUGCCCCUGGUUAAUCUAUCUUGUAACCAAAUGCGGAUUCCAAAUCAGCAUCAGGUGAAUAUGGAAGCCAUAUUGAAGGAUGAAUUGGUGUGUCUGUUCUGUCAUUACCAUGAAGGCAUUGCUCUACACAAGUUAGAGAAACUUUAUAAAAAGCAAUUCAAGAAGGAUUUAAAUGCUGAAGACUACAAAUUUCCAACAGUACAAGCCAUGGUGGAGUCAAUGGAUGACUUUCUGUGUCUAAUACCCACGAAGAAAGGGUUUACCAUCAAAGCCAAAUCUCAACGUAACUUGAGAAAAAUGCAAGCGAGAAGUCUUCAGAUUCCUGAUACAUCUUUUGGUUCUUCUGAAACUCAGACUUUUCUUCAGGGAAAAACUGCCAGUGAUUGCAACCCAGAGGCACAGCCACCACUGCAAAAAGAAAUCCCAAAAGGUAAUGAUUUAUUGGUGAUUCAGGAAGAAAUUUUACAUCUGCUUAAGGAUAAACCCGAAGGCAUCCCAGUGCGACGGAUAAGGAAGGCGUACAAGACGGCUUAUGGUCGACCCCUGAAUCUGUAUUCUGGAUCUCUCCAAUGUGUGCUUAAACUGAUGAAGAAUAAGUUGUUUAUUCAACAUUCAGGAACAUAUGCUCUUGUAUUUGAAAAUGAGUUUGCAGCAGGUUUUUUCUCAAGUUGUUUCCUAUUUCUGAUGUCUGUCAGUUUCAGUUUCAUUUCAUCAUCACACUGUAAUGUUUUCCAUUGGGUAAGAGGUUUGUAGUAUUACGACAUAAGGGAAGAGAAGACUGUAUUUUUAAAGGGAGGAAACAUUGUGAGCAAGUUCCUGUGGUGCCUGCAUUAUCAACCUUGGGCUUGCUGAGUCCAAUACAUUUUGCUGACUGAGUCUGAGCUCCAGUUACAUGGUAAGUCAAAACUACUAUUGUUAAUGCUGUACUCUUGAUGAUUUUAAUAGGCACUGUCGUCUUAGUGAUUUCA